AUGCCUCGUUCCCCGCCGGACGUCGUCAUGAGCGCACGGGUGGCUGCCAGAGAAAAGUGGUCCAGCCACAUGGAGUUCCUGUGUUCCUGCAUCGGGAACUCGGUGGGUCUGGGCAACCUGUGGCGGUUCCCUUACGUGGCGUACAAGAACGGUGGCGCGGCGUUCCUCGUGCCUUACAUCGCCAUCAACAUGCUCGUCGGGAGGCCCAUCUACCACCUCGAACUCUUGCUCGGGCAGUUCAGCAGCUCGGGUCCGCUGGGCGCCUUCCGGCUGUCGCCCAUGUUCCAGGCGAGCUAUUCUGGCGAUUGUAAUAACCGCGCCACAAUCGUCGACAAACGCAUGGCCCUGAUAGACCGCUUGCAGAUGCUAACUUUUCGUUUUCAACCGUUUUUAGUGCAACUCUCCUCGUCUUACACUUCUCUUAAACCGCCCGUAGGCAACGCAUUCGGUAUGAUGUGGGGCGCCUUCAUCACCACCAUCUACUACCAGGUGGUGCUGACUUACGCCUUCCUCUACCUGUACCACUCGUUCAAACGGCCUCUGCCCUGGAUCGACUGCUUCGAGUGGUGGGGCACGGCUCUAGACGGGUGUUUCAGGAGGACCAGGGAAGACGGCACUGGUCAGCGCCUGUGCGACAACAUCAGGCGCAAUCUUGUCAGCGCAGGCCUCAACGACACCAGCGCCGACCACCUGGUGGCCGUGUCUUAUAUGAACCGCACGGUCUUGGUGUCGCAGAACGAGUACGCCGCCCGCUUCGCAGGCUGCAUCAAUGCGAACGCGUCGUCGACCGAUGCGUUCUACAACAACUACGUGCUGAACGUCAGCCCCAGCAUCGAAGAGACCGGAGAAAUCCAACAACCGCUACUCAUCUGCUAUGGCCUCUGCUGGACCCUGAUCUUUCUCGCCAUCUUCAAAGGCAUUCAGUUUCUGCUCUCGUCCGCUUUCCGUCCAAUUGGCAUAAGCGCUUGCCAAUUGGCAUUUCUCGAAAACGCUCAGGUAUCCGGCAAAGUAGCCCUACUCACGGCCACCGCGCCCUACUUCAUGCUAAGUGUGAUGCUACUGCGGGGCAUCACCCUCCCUGGAGCCAGCAUCGGGCUGCGGUACCUACUGUUCCCGCACUGGGAGGCGCUGCUCGACGGCCGAGUGUGGGCCGCAGCCACCGAGCAGGUCUUCUACUCCCUCAGCAUCGGCACCGGCGGCCUGGUACUGUACGGCAGCUUCCAAGAGUUCCGCGCCGACAUGCAAGGGAGCGUGCGUAUCGUCUGCAUCAUGGACUUCCUCACGAGUGCCUUCGCCUCACUCGUCAUCUUCUCCGUGCUUGGAAAUCUGGCGCACACGCUGGACGUGCCCAUCGAAGAGGUGGUCAGCGCUGGACCGGGCCUGGCCUUUGUCACCUACCCGGAGGCCCUGUCCCUGCUCACCUUUCCCAACCUGUGGGCGGUGCUUUUUUUCACCAUGCUCUUCAUGCUGGGCAUCGACUCGCAGAUGGCCAACUGCGAGUUCGUCAUCAAGUCCAUCCAGGAUCUCUUUCCGCCGCUCGAAGGGCGCCGCGAGGUCACCACCUUUCUUUACUGCGUCACCUGCUUCUUGAUCGGCCUGCCACUGACCACUCGCGCGGGCCUCUACAUCCUCACCAUUCUGGACAACUAUCUGGGCGCACUGAUCGUGCUCUUCACCUGCUUCGGUGAGACGCUCAUCGUCGCCUGGGUGUACGGCAUGGACCGCUUCUGUUUCGACGUCGCCUUCAUGACGGGCAGGUGUCCGAGCUACUACUUCUUGGCCGCCAUCAAGUACGUGUCGCCCGUGGUGUUGGGGACCUUCCUCGUCUACACACUGGCCACGCUGCCCCGCAGCACUGUGGGAGACUACGUGCUUCCCGUCUGGGCGGACGGCUACGGCUGGCUCCUGGCCAUCGUCGGUAUGGCGGCAGUGGUCGUUAUCGCCGUGGCCAGGGUCGUCCAGUGCGGCGGCGACUGGUGGAGGGCCCUGUCUCCCGACGCCGACUGGGGCCCUUACGAAACCAAGUACCGGGCUCGCUACUUCGACCAGCUGGAGAAGUCGGGGAUCAGUGCCUGCUACUACCCGGUCGCCGACGACGCUCGCUACAUUGGCGGCGCUGUCCGAUCUCCAGCCGAACGAAAUAUAGCAAUAAACUAAUGCAUACAAUAAAACGGCGA